AUGAAAUUGAGAAAAAGAAGAAGUAGGGCGGAUUCGGGGCAAGUACUUCUGGCUGAUCCACUUCCGGAUGAUAUAAUCUUCAAGGUUCUCUCAUUGCUUCCAGCAAAGUCCUUAAUGCGAUUUAAAACUGUUUGCAAAUCAUGGGGUGCCCUGAUUUCCGAUCCCUCUCUCGCUGAAACCCAUCGCAUCAAUUCUGAGUCCACAACUGAUCGUCCUGAAUCCUCCCAUCUACUGAUUCAUCUCGCCAUGAAGCACGGUUCACAUGUAGAAGUUCAGGCCAUCCUUCCGGCAACCCUAAACGGAAAAGCGUCUACUAAACUUCCUACACACAACUUCCAUGCAUUAUCCGGCAACGGAGGAGAAGAGGUAUGUUGUUCAAACAUCGUCAACGGUCUAGUUUGUUUAUGGGUCUCAAACCGCAACCAAUUUGAAUUGCUCAAUCUCACCACACGAGAACGGAUGACCCUCCCGAGAGGAGAAAUCCCUCGAAAGUUUUGGUAUCCAUCCUGUUUCUUAGGGUUUUAUCCAGUUCUUAAGCAGUAUAAAAUACUUUAUGUUGGUCUUGAGAGAAAGCUUUUCAUAAUCACAUUAAGCAUCGACAACAGUAGUAAUACUAGGUCUAGUACUAUGUCGUCGUGGUGGAGGGAAGUUGCAAGUUUACCGCUGUUUGAUGAUAUGGUUAAUACAUGUGUUUGUGUUGAGGGUGCGAUAUUUUGGAUGAAAAAAGUAUCAUCCCAAACUGGCCGUAAGAUAGUUGUGCAAUAUUUUGACCUUGGAGACGAAAAGUUCAAGUUACUUCCAAUUCCUGAUGAAGUAGAAACAAACUUCAACACUGUAGAAGCAACACAGAUUGGAGGCAAAUUCACGAUGGCUGUUAUCAAUUAUAGACUUUUUGAAAGCUUUAAAAUAACAAUGUGGAAAUUGAUCAACAAGUAUGAUGAUGAUGAUGCUGAUCAGCUGCUCUGGGAUAAGUCGUUUUUAAGCAUUGGUGAGUUGCCGAGACAGUUGACGGCUCGACGAAAGUUUAGCAUUAUUGGAGCUCGACAAAAGUUUAGCAUUAUUGGAGGCAAUAAUGAUAAGCUCCUCAUUAUAACAUCAAAACACUUGCAAACGGGGCCUUCGGACUCGUCUUGGGACACUUUGAUCUUUUGGGAUAUGGGAAAGAAGGAGUACAAAACUGUGGAAUUGGUGUCUAAGAAUGGUUACUCUUCUCCUAAUAAAGCACUUGGUAAGUAUCGGCUUUCAGGGUUUACUGUUGCUGCUGUUACGUAUCAUGUGGAUAACAUUCUUCCUUUGAAACACAUCCUCAAUCUUCCAACUGAGCAACCUAAACAACCGAGCUAG